AAGAUGCUUUAACUUUAUGGAUAGAAGAUGUAAUUCAAGUAAAUAUCAAUAUUACAAAUGAUAUUCUUUUUACAAAAGUAUUAGAAUUUACUUUUUUAUGUAAAGAAGAUAAAUUUAAAAAUAAGCAGAUAGAUUGA